AUGGACGUAAAUAAAUCUAAAUGUGAAGUUCUCUCUGUGACUAGAAAUGUUAAGCCAGUAAAGUUCAGCUACCUCCUUAAGGACAUCCCAAUCAGCAAAACAAAUGUUCAGAAAGAUCUCGGUGUUGUGAUCUCAUCCGACUUGAAAUGGAACCAGCAUGUGUCUACGGUCUCUGCCAAAGCUAACAAAAUGCUUGGAUACAUCAAAAGAUCUUCAUUGGACAUCCGGAAUGAGAAAACUCGCCUUGCUCUUUACAAGACCAUGGUAAGAAGUCAGUUGGCAUAUUGUACACAGGUCUGGUCACCACAAUCAGUAUCACUGAUACUUCAAAUUGAAAACGUUCAACGCCGCUCAACCAGAUAUAUUCUAUCAUUACCAUUCAUGUCGGGAAUAUCAUACAAAGAGAGACUCAUAAAAACUGGUCUGUUACCACUGUCAUACUAGCAUGAAUAUCUUGAUAUCGUUUAUCUGUACAAAAUGCUUCUUUCAUCCCAGGACUGGAACAUCCAAAUAAAGACAACUUGUCACGUGACCAGGAAAAACAGUGGAACAGCUCAAAUUACAUUACAUAUUCCCCAUGCAAAUACAUUAACAUUUCAAAACAGGUUUUUUUGUAGAUCUUCUAGGACAUUUAACUGUUUACCAUCAGUUUUACAUCAAUCAAAUCUCUCUAUUAAUCAAUUUAAAUGUAACCUCUUUAAUCACUAUCAGAAAAUGUCAGAAGAAAUCUAUGACAUUGGUGUGCCACAAACUUUCAAAACAAUCUGUGUUAAAUGUCAUUCAUGUCGUCCCUUGUCUAGUCUCUCUGUUAAAUCAUGUUGUUAAUAAUUAUCACUUAUAUGUAUUCUGUAUAAAUAGUUAAGGUUACCUGUAAAGGAGUGUUCUGCUCUGUGGGUAUAACCUGUCAUUUAUUUGACAAAGAUUGUAAAAUAAAGAAAUGAAAUCGUGCAGGUGAGGCUGGAAAGCCAGAAUUAGUCGUAUAGACCAAUUAUUGCUAGAACAAUGUACUGACAUAGUGAAAUUAACAGCCAGCAAGGAUGGUUUGAACAUGGAUAUGGAUAAUCUAAAAUGCUUUCAUAAUGAAAUAUCUGAUUUAUUAAUGCUUAAUUCAGAUAAUGAAUUUCCUAAUGAAGACCACAAGUAUUUUGAUUGUAUUUGUGAUAAAUACUUAGCUGUUGUGCUGAUGUUAAGACAAAAAUUAAUGAUUUAACACACAAAAGAUUUGAAAAGGUGUCACAAAGGUCUCACAAAUCUAGUGCAAAGAGCUCUAUCUCUAAGUUAUCCAAAGUCUCUUCAAUAUCAUCGAGACAAGCUGCAGCAAAUGCCGCAGGACUUAAGCAAAGGAUGACUAGCCUGAUAAAGCAGCAAGAAUUGGAGAGAGAGAGAGAAGAAUUACAACUUCUUCAAAGGGAGUUGGAACGACAAGGAGACCAAGAAAGGCUACAAGGUGAGAUUAACGCUGUUGUAGCAAUACAUGAUACACUUGUAGAAGACACAAAGUUACCUAGCAACAAUCACCCAAGUAUACCCCACAUAUCCAUGAUUACCCAAGUAUAUCCCCACCUAUCCAUAAUUACCCAAGUAUAUCCCCACCUAUCCACAAUCACCCAAGUAUACCCCAUCUAACUAUGAUCACCAGAGUAUACCCACACAUACACAUGAUCACACGAUGGUCGCUUGCUAUGCAGUUUGCUCCCGCAUUCAAAUUUCGCACAUAUAUUGGUUUCUGGUUUCCUAGCUGUGAAUUAUGGUAUGGUUCAAAUACUGUGUCUUUGGCGUUCUUGUUUGCGUUUAUUUUCUAACAUUUUAAAACGUUACUUACUCAAUUUGUAUUACAUCGAACCGUUUAUUAGUUUGUCUGCACAAAUGAGCUAUAUGGUAAUUUGAAAACGGCAAAAUGUUGGUGUUGUUGUAGCCAUGUAUUUUCACCUUUUGAGUGAUGAGAAUCAUGCCGAGAUGGACAAAUUGUACUGUCUAGGGGUCCCACAGCAUCACAUGUGCAUGACCUACAAUCCCCCCUUGAAAACCCUACUGAAUUUGCAGUAUUGCCGGACUUAUUAACAGAAAUAGCUAAGGAUUCUGCAUUUUUCCUUGUUUUUUCAAAUAUUUUUGUUGAAACUUGAUUUGGGAGAGACUUUUCCAGGCAAAGUUGAAGAAUAGCAUUUAUUUAACAAGUCUAAAUGGAUAGUAGUGCAGAAGACAGGUGUGGGAAAAAAUCUCUUUAACGAGCUCAUUUGCAUUUUAUAUGCAUUUGUGAUGCGCCAUGUUGUUGCUUCACUUCCAGCUGUGUUGUCUUUGUAGCUCGAGAGAUUAUUGCCGUAAAGUCAUCCAGGACAUCCAGGAGAAUGCAACAAGCAGAGACCACUACCCAAUAGUUUUUGGGAAGAAGUUUUGUUCUUUAAGCUCAAGGAGAUCUGUCACGCAAGUCAUGCAAGGUUCAUAUUGUUUACCUCCCCUCAUGCUGUGUGUCUUCUUGAGUUAGCUGGUUUCUUUAUUUUGAUAAAAGCUUAUCGUGUUCCGUACACAAGUUUUAUUUACAUUAAUAUAACUACAGAAGACUGAGUUAUAGUUUAUAAAAGAAAUCAGUUGCACAUGCCUUUAUUUAAAUGGUGAUCGGGAGCCGUUUCCUCGCUGAAGACAACAUGCCUUGGUAAUCUGAUAUAUAGUGGCAGAUGUACUAGGUCUAUGAUCCUCACAGGAAAACCAUCAUGAAAAAAGUUUGGAAUUGUAACCAAAUGAUAAAAUUAAGUGUGUGCAAACACAUGAAAUCUGUUUCAGGGAAAGCUGCGUAUCUUAAGUAAUUUAAAUCACUAGUAUAGUGUAUGUUGCUAUUAUUUUAUGUGGUUACAUAUCUUGCGCGGUAUAAAUUAUAAACUGUAGUAUACUUGGCAUGUAUCAUUGCACUGUAGCUAAAUCUGCUAUAUAUAUUGUCAUCUAUACAAUGAAGUAUGUGUUUAUAUAUCUCAAAAAUACAUCAUUCACAAAAUGAAAGCAUUUUAUAAUAGAACAUAUUCAUCAAACAAAUUCUUGCGUGAUCUAUAGACUAUAGCUAGAUUUGUUGUCACCAACCAAAACAGUCGGUAUGUUUCUCUGUCGGUAUAUUUCUUUAAAUAGAUAUAUACACUGUAUUAACACAGCAUCAGACAAUUUUCCCCAAAUUACACCCACAUAUACUGAUAAGAAACACAAAUUUAGGUGAAAAGAGGAACAGUUUGUACAUGGGUUUGCAUAAUAUGAAGGAUAAAAAAUAUAGGGGCGAAUUUGAUAUAUCAUCUGCGGCGCAGGCUAGAGUUAUUCUAUGGCAGUUAAUAUAGUUCUGAUUGUUAUUUGACAGCUAAAUAAAUUUAUUGCAAUCGUACCAUUUCAAAAUUGAAGUUUAUAAACCAGUUAAAACACACCCAACAAAAUUGUUCUAACAGUAAGAAAUUUUAAGCCAAAUACAUUACAUGACCUUUCACGAUGGCUGGUUGCUAUGCAGUUUGCUCCCGGAGUCAAAUUGCCCGAGUACAUUGGUUUCCGGUUUCCUAGCUGUAAAUUAUGGCGCGGUUCAAAUACUGCGUCUUUGGCGCUCCUGUUUGCGUUUAUUUUUCAACGUUUUAAAACGAUACUUGCUCAAUCUGUACUACAUCGAACCGUCUAUUAGCUCGUGUGCACAAAAAACCUAUACGGUUAUUUGAAAACGGUAAAAUGUUGGUGUUGUUGUGGCCAUGUAUUUUCGCCUUUUGAGCGAUGAGAAUCAUGCCGAGAAGGACAAAUUGUACUGUCUAGGGGUCCCACAGCAUCGCACGUGCAUGGCCUACAAUCCCCCCUUGAAAACCCUCCUGGGUUCGGAGUAUUGCCGGAAUUAUUAGCAGAAAUAGCUAAGAAUUCGGCAUUUUUCCUUGUUUUUUUUUAAAUAUUUUUGUUGAAACUUGAUUUCGGAGAAACUUUUCAAGGCAAAGUUGAAGAAUAGCAUUUAUUUAACAAGUCUAAAUGGAUAGCAGUGCCGGAGAAAGGUGUGGGGAAAAGUCUCUUUGACGAACGCAUUUGCAUUUUAUACGCGUUCAUGCUGCGCCAUGUUGCUUCACUUGCCGCUGUGUUGCCUUUUUAGUUCGAUAGAUUAUUGCCAUAAAAGUCAAACAUGUGAUCGAAAUAAAGGACAUCCAGGAGAGUGCAACACACAGAGACCACUACCCGAUAGUUUUGGGGGGAAAGUUCUGUUCUUUAGCUCAUAGAAGCCAAGGAGAUCUGUCAUGCAAGUCACGCGAGGUUCAUAUUUGUUUACUUCACCUCAUGCUGUGCGUCUUGAGUUAGCUGGUUUCUUGACUUCGAUAAAAGCUUAUUGUGUGCCUUACGCAAGUUUUAUUUACAUUAAUAUAACUACAGAAGACCGAGUUAUAGUUUACAAAAGAAAUCAGUUGCACAUGCCUUUAUUUAAGCGGAGAUGAGGGAGCCGUUUUCUCGCUAUUAAAGACAACAUGCCUUGGUAAUCUGAUAUAUAGUGGUAGAUGUACUAUGAUCUCACGGAAAACCAUCAUGAAAAACAUUUGGAAUUGUAACUAAAUGAUAAAAUUAAGUGUCCGUAAAGAUAUGAAAUCUGUUUCAGGGAAAGCUGCGUAUCUUAAGGAAUUUAAAUCACUAGUAUACUGUAUGUUACUAUUAUUUUAUGCGGUUACGGAUCUUGCGCAGUAUAAAUAAUAAACUGUAGUAGGCUGUAGUAUACUUCGCAGGUAUGAUUGCACUGUAGCUAAAUCUGCUAUAUAUAUUGUCAAAUGGAACUAUGUGUUUAUAUAUGAAUAUCUCAAAAAUACAUCGUACACAAAUAUAAUAUGAAAGCAUUUUAUAAUAGAACAUAUUCAACAAACAAAUAUUCUUGCGAGAACUAUAGUAUAGCUAGGUUUUUUGACACGACUAACCAAAACAGUCAAUAUGUUUCUCUGUCCGGCUGUUGAUAUAUUACUUUAAAUCAAUAUAUGUUAUGUAUUAGCAGCAUCAGAUAAUUUCCCCAAAAUUACCUGCAUAUACUGAUGAAGAAACACGAGUUAGGCGAAAAGAGGAACAGUUUGUACAUUGGUUUGCGUUCCGUAUUAUGAAAUAUAAACUAUACGGGAGCAAAUAUGAUAUAUCGUCUGCGGCGCAGGCUAGAGGUAUUCGACGGCAGUUAAUAGUUCCGACCGGUUAUUUGACAGCUAAAUAAAAUUAUCACAAUUGGUUCCAUUUAAAUAUGGAAGUUUACAAAUCAGUUAAAAUAUACCAACAAAUUUGUUUUAACUGCAAGAAAUUUUAAGCCAAAUACAUGACCUUUCCGAUUAUAAGGUUAAUAAACAACGCCAUUUCGCAUUCACACCAACACCGCUGGAAAAAACGAAGCCUGUGCUUCCAGGAGCAAAAUGCAUAGCAACCAACCACCGUGUUUCCGAUUAUAAAGUAAAACGACACCAUUUUGCAUUCACACCAACACUGCUGGAAAAAACAAAGCCUGCGCUUCCUGGAGCAAAACGCAUAGCAACCGACCACCGUGUCACCCAAGUGUAUUUCCAUCUAUACAUGAUCACCCAAGUAUACCCCCACCUAUCCACAAUCACCCAAGUAUAUUCCCACCUAUCCAUGAUCACCCAAGUAUACCCCCAUCUAACCAUGAUCACCUGAGUAUACCCACACAUACCCAUGAUAUCACCCAAGUAUACCCCCAUCUAACCAUGAUCACCUGAGUAUACCCACACAUACCCAUGAUUACCCAAGUAUAUCCCCACCUAACAUGAUUACCCAAGUAUAUCCACACAUAUCCAUGAUUACCCAAGUAUAUCCCCACCUAUCCACAAUCACCCGAGUACAUCUCCACCUGGCAAAAAUUACUCAGGUACACCCCUACCCUACACACCCUCAACCAGCAAACCAAUCAAGAAUUAUGAACUUUUUCUAUGUUGGUGUAGUGUACUCAGGUGAAUAUGAUAUUUGUGGUGUUACUCUGAGUGUAUAUCCACACCGGGCGAGCUUGAAAAAUAUGCCAGGCCACGGUGGGAUUCGAACCUACGACCUUUGGAAUCUAGAACAGAAUCUGUUCCGAAAUAUCACUUACUCGAACCGUCCUGGCCGCGUAGCUCAGUUGGAAGAGCAUUGCGCUAGUAUUCCAAAGGUCGUAGGUUCAAAUCCCACUGUGGCCUGGCAUAUUUUUCAAGCUCAUCCGGUGUGGAUAUACACUCAGAGUAACACCACAAAUAUCAAUCAAGAAUUGUUACCAAUCAAUCCAAAUACUAUACAGCCGAGUACUAGUUAUCAAGACCCAAGUAUCAGUCAAACAAGUCAAGUUAAUACUAAAGAAAAUACAAACGUUGGUAGUGUUGCCAGACAGUUAGACCCAAAAAUCCCUGCAUUUCAACCCGCAUCUAUGUCUGCAUCUCAGCUAACCCAACCUGUCCCUCAUUCCACUGAUGUUAUGGGACAGAAUGAAAGAGACGGUGUAGAGAUUCAAGUACAGCAAAUAGAACUGAUAAAGAGAAUGUCACUUUGUGCCCCUAAACCACCAGUAUUUAGUGGGAACAUCCUUGAGUUAACUAAAUGA